AUGCUUGUGCACUCCCCAGCUUCGCCUCCGCACACUCCCCUGAAUUCGCCACCGCGCAUUCCUCUCUGUCGUCCACGCCCACUCCCCUCCCUCCGCGCACUACCCUCGUUCGCCCACGCACACUCCCCACAUGCCCCCGCCCAUUCCCCUCUGUCGCGCACGCACACUCCCCUCGUCCGCCCCCGCGCACUCCCCUCGUCCGCCCUCGCGCACUCCCCUCCCCCCGCGCGCUGCCCUCUUUUGCGCACGCACCCACGCACACUCCCCUCGUCCACCUCCGCGCACUGCCCUCUUUCGCCCCGCGCACACUCCCCUCGUCCGCCCCCGUGCACUCCCCUCUUCCGCCCACGCCCACUCCCCUCCCGUCGGUCACGCCCCGCAUCCCUCCGUCGCACACGCUCCCUCCAAGAAGUCGCCCACUCUCACUCCCCUCCGUCACCCCUCCGUGCUGGUUUAUUAGCAGCAUACCCCGUCCUCUCCCACUUUGCAACCCUCAACUCAGUCCCCCCCUGCUGCCCCUCCUUUCCUGGACUGCUUCCCCUCCAUCCCACCCUCUGCUUCCCCUUUUUAGGUCACUGCCCUACGUCCAUCUCCCCCGUAUCCCCUCUCUGCCUUACACCUGACCUCCCCCUGCCCCCCUCUCCCCUUGCCCCCCUCUCUGCCUUACACCCUUCCUCCCCCUGUUCCCCCCCCCUCUCUGCCGAACGCCAUUCUCCCCCUUUUUUCCGCUUCCAUACGCCCUUCUUCCCCCUUCCCCCUCUCUGCCUUUCGCCCGUAUUCCCCCCUUGCGCCACUCUGCCUUACUCCCCUGCUUCCACCUUUCCCCUUUCUCCCGUCCCUCCAACUCCUCCCUUGCCCAUUCUGGCCUCCACCCGUCUUCACCCAUUCCCCACUCUUCCUACCAGCAGUCUGCUCCCCUUCCCCUCACUGGCAUACACACCUCUUCCAACUCUGACCUCUCUGCCUUGCGCCCUUCUACCCCCCAUUCCCUUUCCUCCCUACACACUUCUGCCCCCUCACACCUCACUGCAGUAUACCUUCGCCCCCCUUUCCCUCACCUCCCCCCACCCUUCUUCCCCCACUACCAUAUCUGCCUUAAAACCCUUCUUCCCCUUCUUCCCUUACUCCCCUCGCUCGCAAAUAGCCCCCCAACUACCUCAUUCCACGCACACUCUAUUAGUGCCCCCACCAUACGUGCCUUAUGCACUUCUUCCCCCUUUCCCCUCACUGCCUUAUGCCCUUCUUUCCCCUUUCCCCUCUCUGCCUUAUGCCCUUCUUCCCCCUUUCCCCUCUCUGCCUUAUGCCCUUCUUCCCCCUUUCCCAUCUCUGCCUUAUGCCCUUCUUCCCCCUUUCCCAUCUCUGCCUUAUGCCCUUCUUCCCCCUUUCCCAUCUCUGCCUUAUGCCCUUCUUCCCCCUUUCCCCUCUCUACCUUAUGCCCUUCUUCCCCCUUUCCCAUCUUGGCCUUAUGCCCUUCUGUCCCCUUUCCCCUAA